CCCAUCUGGCCGCACAUUUUUCGUCUCUUUGCGUUUACGGAGCUAGUAGAAGAAGCGAUCUGCAAAUCCGCCAUCUCUAUCAUCCAACGCUUAGUUUGCAGCCAUGUCGAAGAGGAAGAAUAGAGAGCCUAAGGAAGAGACUGUAACUCUUGGACCUGCAAUCCGUGAAGGAGAACUUGUUUUUGGUGUCGCUCAUAUCUUUGCAUCUUUUAAUGACACAUUUAUUCAUGUUACUGAUUUGUCUGGGCGUGAAACUUUGGUCCGCAUCACUGGUGGAAUGAAAGUGAAGGCUGACAGAGAUGAAUCUUCGCCUUAUGCAGCUAUGCUUGCAGCUCAAGAUGUUUCUGUUCGAUGCAAGGAACUUGGCAUCACUGCUCUUCAUAUUAAGCUUCGUGCCACUGGUGGAAACAAGACCAAGACUCCAGGUCCAGGUGCUCAAUCUGCACUUAGGGCUCUUGCUCGGUCAGGCAUGAAAAUUGGUCGCAUUGAGGAUGUUACUCCAAUUCCAACUGAUAGCACUCGCCGAAAAGGUGGAAGAAGAGGAAGGAGGUUGUAAUUGGUUUGGUUUUGUGUUUGAAUAUGUUGGGAGUUUUACUAUCUGAAGGUGGUUUAUGUUAUUUUUUCUUCUAUUAGAUGAAAUUCUGUUUUUUGAUUUUGGUUGACUGGUUGAAUAUCUUUGUUGAGUUUUGUUUUUUUACAAUGCUAUAAACAAGUUAUUUUUUUUAAAUCA